AUGGCGCUCCAGCAAGCAUCCCCAGUGGCCAAGUUUGAGGCCUCACCAACCGAGUCCUUCAUCUCUCUGCCUGGUGACAACUACUCACCCCUCUUCGCCCCCAGCACUCCCUCAUCAACCAUCAACCCCAUCGACAUGAUGACCCCUCAGUCCUUUUCAGAAGACAAGCAGACCCCUCAACUGCCUGCCAUCAAGGAAGAGUGCGGAGCCAGCCCCUCGCCCGAGGACAUCCCUGCAUCAUCAGAGAAGAAGCAGACAAAGAAGAGGAAAUCAUGGGGCCAAGUUCUCCCAGAGCCCAAGACAAACCUUCCCCCGAGGAAGCGAGCCAAGACUGAGGACGAGAAGGAGCAGCGACGUGUCGAGCGUGUUCUUCGGAAUCGUCGCGCGGCCCAGUCUUCACGAGAGCGAAAGCGCCUCGAAGUCGAGGCGUUGGAGCAUCGCAAUAAGGAACUCGAAGCGAUGCUCACCACCGCAAAAUUGGCCAACUUCGCGUUGCUAGAAGAGCUGAAACAGUUCAGACGCGAUACUGGUGUUGUCACUCGAUCAUCGUCGCCCUUGAACCCGCUCCGUGACGCUCCUCUGUCUCUGUCACCAGAGCUGUUUAGUUCCCAAGAUGGCCACAACCCUUUAAAGGAUACUGCCAACCUGGUAGACGAACUCAUCAACUCGACUGUCAACCCUACGGUCAACCCAGCCUCACUGUCUCCCGCGCUGUCCCCUGUCCCCGAUGAGACCCAAACUGAUGAAGCCUCAAAGGAGGCGCAACCUGCAGUGUCACAAGUCGGCGAAGGUGCCCAAGUCGUUCCAGGACUCGCAGACUCCGAUGUCGCCCUACUUGGUAUGGGCUCUGCAGCUCCGGAUGAUGCUGCUUUCAGCCUCGGCGAUUCUUUCGGCCUGUCAAAGGCCUCUGACACAGAUCGCUAUGUCCUCGAAAGCGGGCUUCUCGCUUCUCCCAGCUCCUCAACUCUUGACGACGAUUAUCUGGCUGGUGACUUUGCCACCGGCUUCUCGGGUCAGUCAACCUUCGACCCCUUCAACAUCGACGACUUCCUCAACGACGAGGCCAACCAUGUCGCCUCUGACAUUAUGGCAGCGAGCGACUAUGCCGCUGCGGACCACGGCUUCGAGCCCAAAGUCAAUGACGCUGAGAUUCAAGUCCCUUAA